AUGGAUUUGAGGGGCAUUGGGUUGGACCCUGCUCUGUUGGAUUUCCUGCUCGACCACGUUGAUUUCUCCGAUGAAACUGACGCCAAGUCACACCACGCGCCGUCUCGAACCUACGUUCGAGACUCAAAGGCGAUGGCGAGCACGCUGGCGGACAUACUUGACUACCCAGACGCGUACAAGUUCGUGGUGGACAUGCCGGGGCUGAAAUCCGAUCAAAUAAAGGUUCACGUGGAGGACGACGCGCUGGUGGUGAGUGGAGAGAGGAGAAGGGACAAAGAUAAAGACCACAAAGAUGGCGUCAAGUACCUUCGAAUGGAAAGGAGACAAGGGAAGUUCCUGAAGAAGUUCGAGCUUCCUUGCAAUGCCAACCCUGAUGAAAUCUCUGCAUGCUAUCUCGAUGGUGUUCUCACUGUCACUGUCCAUAAGAAACCCCCUCCCGAGCCCAAGAAGCCCAAGAUCAUUCAGGUCCAAGUCACUUCCCCCGAAGCCCAAAACCAGCCCGUGCCUCAGCCCCAUGCACCAACCCAAGAUGGAGGACAAGACCCCCAGCCCCAGGAGUGA